AUGCCAGAUUUCUCGAUUUUCUACUCUGCGGCUCCAUACCAUAUUAUCAGCUAUGGCAUCCUUCUGGGGUCCCAAACUUUCCAGACCUUUAUAGGCGGAAUCACAGCAUUCAAAGUUCUUCCUCGGCCUCAGUUUGCAGCUCUUCAAUCAGCCUUGUUUCCCAUUUAUUUUUCCAUGCAGACGGCCCUUCCCGUCCUCCUUGCUGUGACAUUUCCUGCCGAGCAGACCGCCAUUGGAAUGACCGCCUCCAGUAUGUCUGGUGUUCUCGAACCUGCAAACGGGCUUCGGGUCCUGGCCCCUUUAAUGACGAUUUUUGUGACCGGCUUCACGAAUGCAUAUGUCCUUGGCCCGGCAACGGCCAAAUGCAUGAAGGAGAGAAAACAGCAGGAAACAAGAGAUGGGAAAAAGAGCUAUGAUCCACCACCACAUAGCAAAGAGAUGCAAGCUUUGAACGAAAAGUUUGCCUUUCUACAUGGAACAUCGUCGCUGGUAAACAUUGUCGCUUGGGCGGCAACUUUAUUGUACGGAUUCUACCUUGGGGAAAGAGUAUCUUGA